GACGCCGUUUCUCGCCGCGGCCGGCGCCAUGAAGCUGAACGUGGACGGGCUGCUGGUCUACUUCCCUUACGACUACAUCUACCCCGAGCAGUUCUCGUACAUGCUGGAGCUCAAGCGCACGCUGGACGCCAAGGGUCAUGGAGUCCUAGAGAUGCCCUCAGGCACUGGGAAGACAGUGUCCCUGUUGGCCCUGAUCAUGGCGUACCAGAGGGCGUAUCCACUGGAAGUGACUAAACUCAUCUACUGCUCCAGGACUGUGCCUGAGAUUGAGAAGGUGAUCGAAGAGCUGCGGAAGUUGCUCAACUUCUAUGAGAAGCAGGAGGGUGAGAAGCUACCGUUUUUGGGGCUGGCUCUGAGCUCCCGGAAGAACCUGUGUAUUCAUCCUGAGGUGAUGCCCCUGCGCUUUGGGAAAGACGUCGACGGGAGAUGCCACAGCCUCACAGCCUCAUACGUGCGGGCGCAGUACCAGCAGGACGCCAGCCUGCCCCACUGCCGCUUCUACGAGGAGUUUGAUGUCCAUGGGCGCCAGGUGCCCCUCCCUGCUGGCAUCUACAACCUGGAUGACCUCAAGGCCCUGGGACGGCGCCAGGGCUGGUGCCCCUACUUCCUCGCCCGCUAUUCGAUCCUGCACGCCAACGUGGUGGUUUACAGCUACCACUACCUCUUGGACCCCAAGAUUGCAGAGCUGGUGUCUAAGGAGCUGGCCCGCAAAGCUGUCGUGGUCUUCGACGAGGCCCACAACAUCGACAACGUCUGCAUCGACUCCAUGAGUGUCAACAUCACCCGCCGGACCCUCGACCGCUGCCAGGGCAACCUGGAGACCUUACAGAAGACAGUGCUCAGGAUCAAGGAGACAGAUGAGCAGCGUCUGCGGGAAGAGUACCGACGCCUGGUGGAGGGGCUGCGGGAGGCCAGUGCCGCCCGGGAGACGGACGCCCACCUGGCCAACCCCGUGCUUCCUGACGAGGUGCUACAGGAGGCUGUACCCGGUUCCAUCCGCACGGCCGAGCACUUCCUGGGCUUCCUGCGGCGGCUGCUGGAGUACGUCAAGUGGCGGCUGCGGGUCCAGCACGUGGUGCAGGAGAGCCCCCCUGCCUUCCUCAGCGGCCUGGCCCAGCGCGUGUGCAUCCAGCGCAAGCCCCUCAGAUUCUGUGCCGAGCGUCUCCGCUCCCUGCUGCACACCCUGGAGAUCGCUGACCUUGCCGACUUCUCUCCCCUCACCCUCCUGGCUAACUUCGCCACCCUUGUCAGCACCUACGCCAAGGGUUUCACCAUCAUCAUCGAGCCCUUUGAUGACAGGACCCCCACCAUUGCCAACCCCAUCCUGCACUUCAGCUGCAUGGACGCCUCACUGGCCAUCAAACCUGUGUUCGAGCGCUUCCAGUCUGUCAUCAUCACAUCUGGGACGCUGUCACCACUGGACAUCUACCCCAAGAUUCUGGACUUCCACCCUGUCACCAUGGCAACCUUCACCAUGACGCUGGCCCGGGUCUGCCUCUGCCCCAUGAUCAUUGGUCGUGGCAACGACCAGGUGGCCAUCAGCUCCAAGUUUGAGACCCGGGAAGAUAUUGCGGUGAUCCGGAACUAUGGGAACCUCCUGCUGGAGAUGUCCGCCGUGGUCCCUGAUGGCAUCGUGGCUUUCUUCACUAGCUACCAGUACAUGGAGAGCACCGUGGCCUCCUGGUACGAGCAGGGCAUUCUUGAAAACAUCCAGAGGAAUAAGCUGCUCUUCAUUGAGACGCAAGAUGGGGCCGAGACCAGCGUCGCCCUGGAGAAGUACCAGGAGGCCUGUGAGAAUGGCCGUGGAGCCAUCCUGCUGUCCGUGGCCCGGGGAAAAGUGUCCGAGGGAAUCGACUUUGUGCACCAUUACGGGCGCGCAGUCAUCAUGUUCGGCGUCCCCUACGUCUACACGCAGAGCCGCAUCCUCAAGGCACGGCUGGAGUACCUGCGGGACCAAUUCCAGAUCCGAGAGAAUGACUUUCUCACCUUUGAUGCCAUGCGCCACGCGGCCCAGUGCGUGGGCCGGGCCAUCCGGGGCAAGACGGACUACGGUCUCAUGGUCUUUGCUGAUAAGCGGUUUGCCCGGGCAGACAAGCGUGGGAAACUGCCUCGCUGGAUCCAGGAGCACCUCACUGACGCCAACCUCAACCUGACCGUGGAUGAGGGGGUCCAGGUUGCCAAGUACUUCCUGAGGCAGAUGGCUCAGCCAUUCCACCGGGAGGACCAGCUGGGCCUGUCCCUGCUCAGCCGGGAGCAGCUGGAGUCUGAGGAGACCCUGCGGAGGGUAGAGCAGAUUGCUCAGCAGCUGUAGCUCAGGGUGCGUACAGGGCCGUAGCAGUGCGGCGAUUCCGGGGUCUCACCUGGCCCUGGGGCCCAGCGGCUGGGAGGUGGCCUCAGGUCCUUACAGGAAACCUCAGGCAGGCAGUUCUGGCUUCCAGAUCUACAGCCUUUAAUUGGAGGAGAACGGGGAGCCCCAUAUCGUAGGUGCCCCCAAGAGGUGGGGAGCAACUCGGGGAGAUGAAAGGCCACCCCUUCCCCAUUCUUCCUGAGAAGCUGCAGCCACACGGUCCUGUCACCUUCAGCGGGGGCCCAGGUCCUGGGGGCUGGUGCUGAGGGUCCGCGAGGCCUCGCUCGGGUGCUGAUGGGGGAACUGCGGACAGGCGCAGGGGAGGGGUGGGCAAGGGGCAGGACCCGACCCCGAGGGCCACCCACCAGCAUCCUCGCUACUGGCUUGUCCCCCCCCCAGCCCUUCUGUUCUUGGGUCCGUUCCCACCCCUCCCUUGCCUCUGGGCCUGCCAGCGUGCCCCUCAGCCCCUCUCACCUGGGGCCCAGCAGCCUUUGGAGCAUCCGCAUCCAGCAUGUUGAGCGACAGGGCUCUCUUCAUCCUGUAAAAAGAGGGUGGCAGGGUGAGUCCCCCGAGUGGCUGCUUCCCACUCUGGGCAUAGACCUGCCUGGCACCGGAUGUGACUGUACGGGUGGCAGAGGAGAGGGGAACUGUGGAAGGUUCUGGAACAGGACAGGGAGUGGGGUGGGUUACAGAAGCUGCAGCGGUGGGGCUCUUGCCUGCCUGGAUCAGACACUCACCCGGCUGCACCUGCCACCCCCUCGCCUCGGAGACGGGAGACCAACUUCUCACUUCCACGCCUUAGCGAUUCCCGGAUCUUGGAGAAGGAGCUGCUCCGACGAAGGGUCUGGGGAGGGUGCCCAGGACCCCAGUCAGUUCCCCCCACCUUCUCCUCCGGUCCCCACCCUAGGAGCCGGAGCGAAGCCCAUCCCCCCUCCUCACCUGUUCUGUGUCACCAGCUGUGCCUGGGUUGGGGGCUCCUAGGAACAGAGGGGGGGGAAACAGUGCAAUGGGGACACGGAGCAGUCACCUGGGGGGCAAGGGCAGGGCUGGGGGCUCACCCAGAGGGGCAGGCAGGUCCUCGCGGCUCAGGAUCUCUCGGUACAGCUCUUCUGCUUGCUGGUACUUGUUCUGUUUCAGGUAGGCCGAGGCCUGCGGGGAGGGUGGGUGAUCGUGGCUCAGAUCUGGAGCUCCCCCGGCACAUCUCCCCCUCCCCCCACAACCUCGUGACCUAGGGCAGCUGACUGGUUCCUGCUCCACCCUGGGCUAGUGACACCACCUUUGUGCCUCAGUUCCCUUAUUUGCAAAAUGGGAUGAAAGGAGCACCUAGCUCCUAGGGUCCUUUGAGAAAUGGAUGGUCCUUUCCCUUAAGGACUAAGAAGGGGGUCAAUAAACAUUUGACUGUCA